AGAGAUUUGGUGAUAUAUAAUCGAGGUGGUGGAUGCCAGAGCUCAAAAGAAGUAUUGGAAGAAGAAGAAGAAGAAGAGGAUGAGGAGCAAAAUAAGAGCACAUCGACAAUUCUACUGAGAAGAGAGGACAGUAGAACAUGCUUUUAUAGCACAUCGCACUUGAAGCACCUCAGCAGCCUUGGAAUCAAAGCUUCUGGUUCCCUGAGAACAGUGAAUUGAGGAUGGGCCACAAGGCAGAUUCUGCCAAUGUGGGUUGCAAAGUUCUACCAAUAUGUGAUGCUGUGUCGACCGGCUCUAAUGGUGGAGACAGCAGCGAUGGCUCAGAGAAAGAUGUUCAGAAGGGCGAGCGAAGGAGGGCAGUUUCUCAAAUGAAAGAGCUGCUUAAAUGGGCUGCCGCUGCCAGGUCCCAUAAAUGUGGAAGCAAAGGAUGGAAGGUCCUGUACUUCCGAAACAGAGUUCGUCAUCCUUCGGUUAAGGGCGGCUGCUCAAGUUCGUCAUCCAUGAAUUCUUCCCUAUCGCUGGCAUCCAUUUCUGGAAAUGAUCGAACGUUGGUAAAGAAUUCUUCAAAUCAUUCAGGUAAUUUGCGGAGUUCAGAAUGUGAUGCAAAUAUGUUGGCCAGCCCAAAGUCUGAAGAAUACGUGAGGCCUGGACGUUGGAUAACAACAGACUCCGACUGUGAGCUACUUCAGAUCUUUAAUUUCUUUACUUCUGAAGCUAGAAACUUGUCAAUGCUUAGGUCUGACCUUUUCUUAAUUUUAACUUCAAUUGGCAGUUGUGGUGCUAGAACUCUGAAGCGAAGCUGUAGUAGUUGGAUAGCUUUAUCGAUCAUGCCUUAGAAAAUUAUGUCCUGCACCGAGCUAAUGAAAUC